GACGUUGUAGCAAUGGGCGCGUGGUGCGGCACAUGAGCGAUGCGCACAAACCUGCACUAGUCCUCCCCCUCCGCCUACUGCUAGUGUGCGCCCUGAUCGCCUUGCGUGCGCCGGUUGCGCACCCCCCUAUCCUGCGCACCCCCUCCCUUCCUAACCCUCUCAACGAGUCCACCACCAUAAACAGCAACAAUAAGGUCGAUACGACCAACCUGGUUGAGAUCUCGGAUUCGAAUCGCCGGCGAGCCAUGUCGAAAGCCCGUGUUUACGCGGACAUCAAUGUCGUACGGCCCAAGGAGUACUGGGAUUACGAGUCUCUCACCGUUCAGUGGGGUGAUCAAGAUGAUUAUGAGGUUGUACGGAAGGUUGGAAGGGGAAAGUACAGUGAGGUUUUCGAGGGCAUAAAUGUGAAUAGUAACGAGCGUUGCAUAAUCAAGAUCCUCAAGCCUGUUAAGAAAAAGAAGAUAAAGAGAGAGAUAAAAAUACUCCAGAACCUUUGUGGGGGCCCAAAUGUUGUCAAGCUUCUUGAUAUUGUCAGAGAUCAGCACUCAAAAACUCCUAGCUUGAUAUUUGAGUAUGUGAACAGUACAGAUUUCAAGGUUCUGUACCCCACAUUGACUGAUUAUGACAUACGCUACUACAUAUAUGAACUUCUCAAGGCAUUAGAUUACUGCCAUUCGCAAGGAAUAAUGCACAGGGAUGUCAAGCCUCACAAUGUUAUGAUAGACCAUGAGUUGCGGAAACUUCGCUUGAUAGAUUGGGGUCUCGCUGAGUUUUACCACCCUGGCAAGGAAUAUAAUGUCCGUGUGGCUUCGAGAUACUUUAAGGGGCCCGAACUUCUUGUUGAUUUACAAGACUAUGACUAUUCUUUAGACAUGUGGAGCCUUGGAUGCAUGUUCGCUGGAAUGAUUUUCCGCAAGGAGCCAUUCUUUUAUGGUCAUGACAAUCACGAUCAGCUUGUCAAAAUUGCCAAGGUACUUGGGACUGAUGAGUUAAAUGCAUAUCUGAAUAAGUAUCAUUUAGAGCUUGAUCCUCAACUUGAUGCGCUUGUUGGGAGGCACAGCAGGAAGCCCUGGUCCAAAUUUAUUAAUGCAGAUAAUCAGCAUCUGGUUUCUCCAGAGGCCAUCGAUUUUCUUGAUAAGCUCCUACGGUAUGAUCAUCAGGACAGGCUAACUGCAAGAGAAGCCAUGGCGCAUCCAUAUUUCUCGCAGGUGAGGGCAGCAGAAACUAGCAGGAUGCGGACACAAUAGGUUGAUCAUUUGAUGUCCAUGUACACAAACAAACCAGAGCCUCUGUUAUUUGGAAUGUGUAUUAUAAACCCUAAAACUGUUUUUGGCUGCCUCUUGCUUGCUGUAGGCAGUCAAGGUUGCGUGUAUGGGUUCUCACCAAGUCAUCUCUAAGUCUCUUGUUUUGUUUGAAUGAAACUCUGUUUUCAAUUGUUUAUGUUGAAGCACUUCAAUGCCA